AUGCCGCCCAGCGACUCGGCCACGCCACCGGUGGUGCUGAUACAGGAGGAGAUCGAUGAAUGGCACCAAAAACUCAAGUGGCAGAAGGAAUUGAAUGAGCAGACCGAACAUCGCCUUCAGCGUGAGGGCAUCUUCUGGCACGAUAAGCGGUUGGAUGGGCUCAGCGAUGAUGACAGGAUGUGGGAGAUCAUCAAAAUGAGCUUCCGGCAGGUGGCACAAGUUCUCGCCAGUGUUGGGCUGGUUCACUUCUUCGAAUACUUCCUGCAGCGUGGGAUUUUGGGUGCCAAGCAUUUGAGGUUGCUCACUUUGAAGUACGUGGAGACUAAGAUGCCGGAGAUCCGAGAUGCAGAGGACCGACGCCUUAUCGUGGAGGCUGCGGCCGAGUGCAUGCAGGAUGAGGAGAUGCGUUUCUUUGAAGCCAGAUAUGGUGACAUCGACCGGUUGAUCUUGGACUCACAGCAUGCUCGGCGCUUUCUUUCUGAAAAGCUCCUUCAUGAACAGUGGAUGAUUGAUCAAUACGACCUCACCGCACCAUUGCAUGCAGAGACGAACAGCUUCUUCACCAAGUGGACCGUGCCGCGGGCAGAUUUUGCGUCCUUCGAUCAAUACGAGGAUUGGGUGGCCGCCAGCAGCUGUGAUGGCAUGCUGUUUCUCUGGCCCAUCAUCGAGGGAGAUCGCACGCCACCGGUCGUGAGGUGCAAAUCGCUUCAUUCCGCCCCCUGCGUAGAUUUCGUGAUGGACUGGAAUCGAAUGGAGGCCGUCACCUGUGGCCUUGACAACAAGGUGAAUCUCUACAAUUUAAAGGAGAACGAGGUGGUCUCUACGUUCCGGGAUGGGAGGGAUGGCAACGACGCCCAAGUCUUUCUGUGCGUAGACGCCCAGCUGGAGGGUGCUGGCCUUGCAGCGCUGGGCACGAACUUUGGAAAGGUGAAGGUUUUGGAUCUGCAGAGGAUGCAACUCGUGACGUCGCUUCUGGGACAUUCAGAUCACUGCAGGGCAUUGUCGGUGGACUGGGAACGGCGCUUGCUGGUCUCCUGCUCUUGGGACAGCUAUGUGCACCUCUAUGAUCUCCGAUCUUCCAAGCUGGUCCAGCGCUUCGAAGGACACAAUGGCAAUUGCGUGGCUUUGGAGGUGGACUGGCAGCACAUGGUGGCGGCCUCUUCGGCCGCCGAGUAUCGCUUCAUCCUGUGGGAUUUGGAGGAACGGAAACUCAUACAAAGAUACGACUCUCCGGGGCACAACGUGAACUGCCUUAGCCUCAACACAGAGGAGGGCACAUUGGCCACCGGCUCGGACGAUGGCUUAGUGAAGCUCUGGAACUUGGCCGCGGACGAAGCCUCGGACUGCGACAGCCGCGACAGCCGCGACAGCUGGCAGAACGCUUGGGAACGGUCUAUCGAUUGCAAGCACCACAUGACGUUGGCCAUGGAUGUGGAUUGGUCGCGCAAGAAACUGGUGACUGCCUCCUGGGAUUACAACGUGGACAUGUGGGAUCUGCAGACAGGUGAUCAUUUGCAUCACUUCUUCAAGCCCAGAAGGUGCAUGACGCAGGUCCGCAUGAAGAAAGCGUGCGAUGCGCCAUGA